GUGACGGCACAUACGCAGAGUGUUCUCCAUCACUGGCACUGCUUACGGAGAAUGUACUAUAUUUUACAUGAUCUCCCACAGCAGCUGUGUACUAUGAGGGAAACUCUCGGGUAAAAUCCUUUAAAAGAACAUUGCAGGACUGAAGCCUAAUAUAAGAAAAUUUAUCUUUAAAAUUAGUCUAGUUUUUCAAGAACUCAUUAUGGCAUAUAUGUCAUAGAAAGUAUAUACUACAGAAAAAUAAUCUGAAGGCUUUUCCAGAAGGGAAGUGGAAGGUGAAAACGCAUCUUUCAAGGGUCUCAGGUGUGUCCUAUUUUCGCCAAUAUCUGCAUGACUCUUUUGGAACUGAAGAUGACAACUAUGGACACGAACAACAACAAUACGGGGGGCGUGAUCUCCUACAUUGGGUCAUGUGGGGGCUCUCCGAACCGCACCAGCCCCGUGUCCAUGUACAGCGAAAAUUCCAACAGCAGCUUCCAGUCGCUGGCCUACUCGCAGCCCACCUUCGGCUCCUCAUUCCCGCCCUCCCCCAAUGGCUCGCAGGACUCCUCCCGCAUCUACCCCAGCAGCUCCAGCUCCAGCUCCAGCUCGGGGUCCGGAGAGGAUGGGAGCUCCUCCAGCUCGGGGGGGUCGCCACGGGGGCGCGACGAAGGAGGAAGCUCACGGUCGUCCCCCAGCAAGUCGGUCGCCAGCCUCACCAAGCUGAAUGGGAUGGUGCUGCUGUGCAAGGUGUGCGGAGACGUGGCGUCGGGGUUCCACUACGGGGUACACGCCUGUGAGGGCUGCAAGGGCUUCUUCCGACGCAGCAUCCAGCAGAACAUCCAGUACAAGAAGUGCCUGAAGAAUGAGACCUGCACCAUCAUGAGGAUCAACCGCAACCGCUGCCAGCAGUGUCGCUUCAAGAAAUGCCUGUCUGUGGGCAUGUCCCGCGACGCUGUUCGCUUUGGCCGCAUCCCCAAGCGUGAGAAGCAGCGCAUGCUGGCCGAGAUGCAGAGCGCCAUGAACAACAUGGUCAACAACCAGCUGCAGAGCGAGUUCCAGCUCGCCAGCCUGACCUCGUCCUCCUCCCCGCCGACCCUGGCCCUGGCCCCGCAGGCCCCCAAACUCGCCCCGGCCCAGCCUCUGGCCGCCCCGCCCCCCUCUCCCCCAGUCCCCGUGGCCGUGUCCCCGCCUCCCCCGCUGGCUCAGAGCCCGCCCCCGUCGGUGGCCUCCCCGCCGCUGUGCCCCAGCCCCGGCGUGGACAACACCAUCUCCGCCAUCGCCAGGGCGCACCGCGAGACCUUCGUCUACGCCCACGACAAGCUGGGCGUGGGCAUGCGACUGCACAAUGGCGGGGAGCUGGACAACUGGGAGGCCAACCGCUGCGCCAGCAGCUACCACCUCAACGGCCUCAACACCAUCUACCACCACGACAACAACGUGCCCAUGCGCCACGCCCACGAGGGCCCGCUCCAGAACAGCUGCCACCUGCCCCCAACCGCCAUCAAUGGCCACCACCAUGGCUUCCCCCACCACAACAAAGGCCACCGCCUCUGCCAAAACAACAGCAACCUGUUCGGCAGCCAGCACGGCCAGGAGCACAACGGCACCACCCAGGGUCAGAACUGCCCUUGGAAGGGCCACAAGGAGAUCCUUUUGGCUUGUCCCAUGAAUAUGCACCCCCAGGCCGACCCCAACAAGUCGCCGCAGGAGAUCUGGGAGGACUUCUCCCUCAGCUUCACGCCGGCAGUGCGCGAGGUGGUGGAGUUUGCCAAGCACAUCCCAGGAUUCAGCGAGCUCUCGCAGCACGACCAGGUCACGCUGCUCAAGGCCGGCACCUUUGAGGUGCUGAUGGUACGGUUUGCGUCCCUGUUCAACGUGAAAGAGAAGACCGUCACCUUCAUCUCUGGGGCCACUUACAGCCUGGAGGCGCUGCACGGCAUGGGCAUGGGUGACCUUCUGGGCACCAUGUUCGACUUCAGCGAGAAGCUCAACGCUCUCGAGUUGUCUCCCGAGGAGCUGGGCCUCUUCACUGCCGUGGUACUGGUUUCUGCAGAUCGCUCCGGAAUCGAGAACGUGAAUUCGGUGGAGCUGCUGCAGGAGAGCCUCAUCCGCGCCCUGCGCGCUCUGGUGGGCAAGAGCGCCCCCGCCGACGCCUCCCGCUUCACCAAGCUGCUGCUCAAGCUGCCUGACCUGCGCACGCUCAACAACAUGCACUCGGAGAAGCUGCUCUCCUUCCGCAUCGACGCGUGAGCUCCCGGCGGCCGCCGCCAUCGCCGCCGCCCGCUGCCCGCUGCGGGUCACACGGCCCUGCCCGCGAGGGUAGAGGCGGGGUUAAAAAGAUGGGACAGAUGGGAUUGGCCGCCUCCCUCCAGGGCUCCGCCCUCAUUGCUGGCCGAUGCAGGCGGUACCUGCGCAUCGAGGGGCUGGGAUUCGUGUGCCUCGUUUGGAGGAAACAGCAGCAGUGACCCCGAAAGGGUUACGGAGCGAGCGGCGUAAACCGAGGUCUGCUCGAUCGUCUCCAACCAAUCAACAGCCGAUCUGAGGUUACAUACCACACAACAGGGCCUCUCAGACCAUGCUGAAUUGUGAGGGUCCCUUGAGAAGUCACAGCUAAGGCUAUGAAGUGGUCCAAGCGGAGGUGUGAGUCGAAGUUCAGGGACUGAUCAGCGUGGGCGAAUUUUGGCAGAAAGGCACACAGACCAGAUGGGGUGCUAGAAACACAAGCCAUUCCUGUUUUUUGCACCAAUCAAUCACCAGAACAGAUGUCCGAUUUCCUUCCAGGCGAGUAACAGAGAGCACUCCAAUGGGUGAACACUCACCCAGUUAGUCAUGGGUCCUCUUCCUUCCAAGCAAGCUAUAUGCUUACAAACUUUAUAUACGGUCUCUAUUUUAUUAACUCUAUGAAUUAAUAUUAAGAUGUGCAGAGUAUUGCACAUGCACUACAUGUAUAUAGAAAACCUAUGACUUUGUAAAUGUGUACAUAUCUAUAAAUAUAUAAAUACUUGCUGUGUUUGAAAAUUGUGUAAUUUUUUUUGUUAAAUUCAGAACUCGAGGUACAAAGUGUGUGGGGAUGCAAAUAUAUAAACUUCAAGUGGCGUGUAUACAUAUAAAAACAUAUUUUAAAUGUGUUCUAUGUUGUAAAGGCAUUUCAAAAACUUAUUUUGAUUCUAUGUAUAUUCUCCUGCCAUUUUAGCUUUUAGUGUGUGUUUAUUUUACCAGUCUGGACUUGGUUCAGAGGGAUGUCGUCAGGCCUUUCAAAGUGUUCCUGGGUUGAGUCGGAGACCAUCCACAGGGCAGCACUGGUGCAGUGUAAUGCCUUGUGGGAGUCUUACGUUUGUUCCCAAAUGAUGCAGAUUUCAUGUACAGAUAUGGCCAUGUUAGCUUGAGGGCAUGCUCAUGUUGACUCUGUUAAUAUCUCUGGGGUUCCCUGUGCUCCGCAAUUAAAUCAAUGGGUAACAUCUCAAUCAAUCCUACAGCUGCCUCCCUCACUGCUUUCUGGUCUUUCACAAGUCUGACUCCACAAGUUCUGUGGUGGAACCCUUGUUUCAGCAGCAGAGGGGGCACAGGGAACAUCCAUGGGAUGAACCAGGAUAUUUGUGAGAUCAGUGCCAUGCAGCUUUUUUCCCCCCCUCAACUGUCUAAAAACAUUAUAAAUUCUUGUAAAUACUGUAGCAGACAUGCUACAUGUAAGAAAGCUCUAAAGAGAACCAAAAAAGUUUUCAGAAACAAAGGUCCUGGGUAAAUUUUGUAAAUUUGUACAACGAAUACAAUACCUGAAAUAAACUGACACGA